AUGCUUUCUACUGCUGCCGCCAUUGUGACCUUGCUGGUUGGCUCUGCAGCCGCCGAGACCGUUCAUGGCGUUGUUGUCUUCAGCCGUCAUGGAGAUAGAACAACUAAGCAUUAUGGAGCUCAGUCAUUGACCAGCGUUGGUGCUCAGCAAUGUUUCGAGGUCGGCAGUGACUAUCGGCGCCGCUAUCUGGAGGCAGAUUCUCCUGGCCAGAUUCUCAAUAUCUCCGAGGACAAAUACGUCUCCUCGCAAAUCUACGCCAGUGCUCCCGACCAAGGCAUUCUUUUGAACACAGCAACAGCAUUUUUACAAGGUCUCUACCCUCCGCUGGUAGACCUCAACGCUCAGGUUGCGUCGUCAACCCUCAACAACGGCAGCACAAGUACAAGCCCCCUGAACGGCUACCAGUAUGUUCUCCUGCACGGCGAGAACUCCAAUUCGCCAGACACCAUCUGGAUCAAGGGCGAUGAUGGAUGCCCCACAAACGCCAAGGCCUACAAGGCAUUCGAGGCCAGUGAAGAGUUCCAAACACGCGUCACGGAGACCAAGGACUUCUACAGCAGCUUAUACGACGUGCUCGAGAGUGUAUACGACUACAAGCCCGAGAAUAUGACGUACAAGAACGCGUACGAUAUUUUUGAUCUGAUCAACGUGGCACGCAUCCACAACAGCACCUCAUUGGCCCGUAACGUGACGGACGAGGAGCUCUUCCAGCUGCGGACGUUGGCGGACAGCGCCGAGUUUGGGUACAACUUCAAUGCGUCGAAGCCCGAAAGCACUAUUCACGCAAAGACUCUUGCGGCUGGCAUCCUUGCCCAACUCAACCAGACCGUUUCUUCCAAGGGAAAACUCAAGUUCUCCCUCCUCGCGGGCAGCUACGACACCUUCAUGUCGUUUUUCGGUCUGACUGAUCUCAUCACCAUUUCGGAUGACUUUUACGGUCUCCCGGACUAUGCCUCGACCAUGGCGUUUGAGCUCGUCAGCGACAACGCGACUGUGUUCCCCGCCGACGUCGAUGCCGACCUUCGCGUGCGCUUCCUUUUCCGCAACGGCACUGUCGGCGAGCUGACGGCGUUUCCUCUUUUCGGCACCGGAGAGGAGACGCUAUCGUGGCCACGCUUCGUUGAAGAGAUGCAGAAAAGAGCGAUUGGCACUGUCGAGGAAUGGUGCACCGCCUGCACUAGUCUUGUGUCAUUCUGCGCGGCUUACCAAGACGAGGAGGCGGCGAGCUCCAGCUCAGGGAGCGGCGGAGGCAUGUCAAAUGCCGUCGCCGGUGUUAUUGGUGCCAUGGUCACCCUCGGUGUUGCGAUUGUCAUCGGUGUCAUUGCAUUCUUUGUGAUGAGAAAGCGGCGCGCAGCUCCUACCUCCCAAGUUCAGGGAUCUCCCGCUGAGAAAUCCAGUCUGCGCAGUGGUGGUAGUGUCUGA